CUGAAGGGCACGGUGCUUGAAGAUCAGGACAAAAAGGCCAUUUAUCAGAAAAGCUAAGUUUGCUGCCUAGUAAGGAUCAGAAGGUCUGAUCCUGAUUACAGAAUCUUGGGUUGUCUCCCACUUCAUCCUUCCAGACCAUCCCAGAAGAUCUGUAAGAUUCCACCUGGGAAAACACUAGGAGUUCUUGGAAGAGCAAGAAGGAAGAGGACUGUUGGUUGAAAUAAAAACAGGGUUGAAUGAGUUCCAGAAAGCAGGCUUCUCAAACUCGUGGACAACCAUCUGCAGAAGAAGACAACGUCAAAAAACCAACUAGAAGCAAUAUGCAGAGAAGUAAGAUGAGAGGGGCCUCAUCAGGAAAGAAGACUGCUGGUCCACAGCAGAAGAAUCUGGAACCAGCUCUCCCAGGCAGAUCGGGGGGUCGCUCUGCAGAGAACCCCCCUUCAGGAUCUGUGAGGAAGACAAGAAAGAACAAGCAGAAGACUCCUGGGAACGGAGACGGUGUCAGUACCAGGGAAGCCCCUCAGCCACCUCGGAAGAAAAGGGCCCGGGCUGACCCCACUGUUGAAAGCGAGGAUGCAUUUAAGAAUAGAAUGGAAGUUAAAGUGAAGAUUCCUGAAGAAUUAAAACCAUGGCUUGUUGAGGACUGGGACUUAGUUACCAGGCAGAAGCAGCUGUUUCAACUUCCUGCUAAGAAGAAUGUAGAUGCCAUUCUAGAAGAGUAUGCAAGCUGCAAGAAAUCACAGGGAAACGUCGACAAUAAGGAAUACGCAGUGAAUGAAGUCGUCGCGGGAAUAAAAGAAUACUUCAACGUGAUGCUGGGCACUCAGCUGCUCUACAAAUUUGAGAGGCCCCAGUAUGCCGAAAUCCUCUUGGCUCACCCUGAUGCGCCGAUGUCCCAGGUUCAUGGAGCGCCACACCUACUGAGAUUAUUCUUAAGAAUCGGAGCAAUGCUGGCAUAUACGCCCCUUGAUGAGAAGAGCCUUGCAUUAUUGUUGGGCUAUUUGCAUGAUUUCCUAAAAUAUCUGGCAAAGAAUGCUGCAUCUCUGUUUACUGCCAGCGAUUAUAAGUUGGCUUUGGCUGAGUACCACCACAAAGCCCUGUGAGGGUCUACUGACCACUCACUAUUAUGUCUGGUAUCUAUAAACACUCUUUUUGUUCUUAGUCUUUUUCUUGUAUAAUUGAUGUCCUUUGAAAUCUUUAAUGUAUAACAGGGCUUAUAUUUCAGCUUUUCUGUUUCGUUUUAAACAGAAAAUAAAAGGAGUACAAGCUCCUUUUCUCAUUUCAAAGUUGCUACCAGUGUAUGCAGUAAUUAGACAAAGAAGAAACAUUCAGUAGAACAUUUUCUUGCAUAGUUGGCAACAUUGCUUGAAUGCUGGUGGUUCUAUCCCUUUGCCAGUACACAAUUUUCUAAUUAUGUGUUAAUGCUACGUGAUAAAAAUGCCCUGAUUUCCUAGUGCCAAAGGUUCAACGUAAUGUAUAUACCCGAAAACUCAUGCAUUUGUGCUCUUUUUUUAAUGGUGCUUGAAGUAAAACAGCCCAUCCUCUGCAAGUCCAUCUGUGUUGUUCCUUAGGCAUUCUAUCUUUGCUCAAAUUGCUGAAGGAUGGUGAUUUGUCUCAUGGUUUUUGUAUUUGAGUCUAAUGCGCGUUCUAACAUGAUAGAGGCAAUGCAUUAUUGUGUAGCCAUGGUUUUCUGGAGAAGUUGGUAUUUUAGGAACUGUAUUUCAGAUCUUAAAUAAAAUUUGUUUCUAAAUUUCAAAAAAAAAAAAA